GUUCCUCCGCCGCGGGAGCAACCGGCGGGGACUCCUUUCUUCCUCGGGUUUCUCCGCCUCCCCCCGCAGAGUCCCGUAAAAGCAACAGAGGUGACUGGGGCGCGCGAGCCGGCUGGUGUCCUUCCGCCCGGCCGAGGGCACUCCUUUUCGUGUCUUCCCACCGUGCCCGGGCGGCGUCCGGGCGGCUCACCGGGGGCGGCGACGCGACUGCGGCGCGGUCGGCGAGGCUCCGGGGCUAUGAGGUGAGGGCGCCCGGGUACAGGAGGUGGCAGCGCGGCGCCAGCCCCUGGGACACGAGCCUCGAAGCUGGCGGCGGCCUCUGGGACCCCGCGGCCGCGUGCGAGGCGAGGAGAGAACAUUGAAAUUAUUCUCUAAGCUAUUUGAAGAGAGUGACUAAAUGCACCUGGGUCAGGCUGUCUGUGGGUAUGAAGUGGUUGGGAGAAUCCAAGAACAUGGUGGUGAAUGGCAGGAGAAAUGGAGGCAAGUUGUCUAAUGACCAUCAGCAGAAUCAAUCAAAAUUACAGCACACGGGAAAGGACACCGUGAAGGCUGGCAAAAACGCAGUGGAGAGGAGGUCGAGCAGAUGUAAUGGUAACUCAGGAUUCGAAGGACAGAGUCGAUAUGUACCAUCUUCUGGAAUGUCCGCCAAGGAACUCUGUGAAAAUGAUGACCUAGCAACCAGUUUGGUUCUUGAUCCCUAUUUAGGUUUUCAGACACACAAAAUGAAUACUAGCGCCUUUCCUUCGAGGAGCUCAAGGCAUUUUUCAAAAUCUGACAGUUUUCCUCACAACAACCCUGUGAGAUUUCGGCCUAUUAAAGGAAGGCAAGAAGAGCUGAAGGAAGUAAUUGAACGUUUUAAGAAAGAUGAGCACUUGGAGAAAGCCUUCAAAUGUUUGACUUCAGGCGAAUGGGCGCGACACUAUUUUCUCAACAAGAACAAAAUGCAGGAGAAAUUAUUCAAGGAACAUGUGUUCAUUUACUUGAGAAUGUUUGCAACUGAUAGUGGAUUUGAAAUACUGCCUUGUAAUAGAUACUCAUCAGAACAAAAUGGAGCCAAAAUAGUUGCAACAAAAGAGUGGAAACGAAAUGACAAAAUAGAAUUACUGGUGGGUUGUAUUGCCGAACUUUCAGAAAUUGAGGAGAACAUGCUACUUAGACACGGAGAGAACGACUUCAGUGUCAUGUAUUCCACAAGGAAAAACUGUGCUCAGCUCUGGCUCGGCCCUGCCGCAUUUAUAAACCAUGAUUGCAGACCUAACUGUAAGUUUGUGUCAACUGGUCGAGAUACAGCAUGUGUGAAGGCUCUGAGAGAUAUUGAACCUGGAGAAGAAAUUUCUUGUUAUUAUGGAGAUGGGUUUUUUGGAGAAAAUAAUGAGUUCUGCGAGUGUUACACAUGUGAAAGACGAGGAACUGGUGCUUUUAAAUCCAGAGUGGGACUGCCUGCGCCUGCUCCUGUUAUCAAUAGCAAAUAUGGACUCAGAGAAACAGAUAAACGUUUAAAUAGGCUUAAAAAGUUAGGUGACAGCAGCAAAAAUUCAGACAGUCAAUCUGUCAGCUCUAACACUGAUGCAGAUACCACUCAGGAAAAACACAAUGCAACUUCUAGCCGAAAAGCUUCCGUUGGUGUGAAAAAGACCAGCAAGAGCAGAGCGUUAACAAGGCCAUCUGUGCCAAGAACUCCAGCCCCUUCCAGUUCUACCUCAUCCAGGCUAACCCACACUCAGAACUCCAGGGUACCAAAGAAACUGAAGCAGCCUGCACGGCCUUUACUUUCGAAGGUGAAAUUAAGAAAUCAUUGCAAACGGCCGGAGCAGAAGAGCGCUUCACGAAACCUCGAGAUGGGAAACUUAGUCCUUAAAGAGCCUAAAGUAGUUCUAUAUAAAAAUUUGCCCAUUAAAAAAGAUCAGGAGCCAGAGGGACCAAUACCAGCCACAGUGGCCAGUGGGUGCUUAACCAGACAUGCGGCAAGAGAGCACAAACAGAAUUCGGGGCGAGGGGCCCCUUCGCCGGGGGAGGGCACCCCCAGCACCUACACAACCAGGCGAUCUGCACGGACGAGAAUGAUUUUGAAGGAGCCCUCUGACAUCAAGCUUGAACCAAAUACGUCGGACGACUAUGAAAGCAGCCUGCCUGAGCCUUGCCCAGAGAGUGGCGAGCAACCACCUCCUGCGACGCAGGAAGAACUGGUGCAUGACACUGCACACAACGGGGAGGCGAAGUGUCCUAGGAGUGACAGCGGCAUUGCAAAAAAGAAGUCACGGCAAGGGAAACUUGUGAGACAGUUGGCAAAGGCGGGGGAGUCCACUCCGGAGCACAGUCCCCCUGGGAAAGCCGGUGUGGUAGCCAGCGUGCUGGGGUCCCUCCCCGAUCAGGGUGAGCACAGCGGCUCGGAGGGGCUGCCCGGGAGCUACAUGGAUUGGGCCCCUUCGCCUGUUGAUGGUUCGGUGGUGACAUCAGAUAGCUUCAAAACAAAAGACGGCUUCAGGACUGCAAAGAGUAAAAAGAAGAGGCGAAUCACAAGGUAUGACGCACAGUUAAUCCUGGAGAAUAACUCUGGGAUCCCCAAAUUGACUCUUCGCAGGCGUCACGAUAGCAGCAGCAAGACAAACAAUCCAGAGAAUGAUGGGAUGAAUUCUUCCAAAAUAAGCAUCAAGUUAAGUAAAGACCAUGAAAAUGAUAAUAAUCUCUACGUAGCAAAGCUUAAUAACGGAUUUAACUCAGGACCGGGCAGCAGCGCCACAAAAUUAAAAAUCCAGCUCAAACGGGACGAGGAGGGUCGGGGGUCCUGUGUAGAGGGGCGUCACGAGAACGGGGUGUGCUGCGGUGACCCGCUUUCUCUCCUGGAGUCGCAGAUGGACGUCGAUGACUACAGUCAGUACGAGGAAGACAGUACAGAUGACUCCUCCUCCUCUGAGGGGGACGAAGAGGAGGAUGAUUACGACGAUGACUUUGAAGAUGACUUUAUUCCCCUCCCUCCAGCCAAGCGACUGAGGCUAAUAGUUGGGAAAGACUCAAUAGAUAUUGACAUUUCUUCCAGGAGAAGAGAAGAUCAGUCUUUGAGGCUUAACGCAUAAGCUCUGGGUCUCAAUUUGACCUGGGAUAAACUACUUACAAAUAAAAAAUUCCAGUGUAUUAUUCCUCAACUGAAACAUUUUAGCGGCAGCACUUCUCUCAUUUCUUCACUUAUCGGCAUAACACGUAGAAAGUGUACAGCGUACUGACUUACCUGAAGUCUGAUUUGUGCACAUUUUUAUUGUACUUUUUGAAUAGCCUCCUUACGUGCAAUUCCGAGUUAGAGGGAGAGCCCUGUUGUAAAGUAAAGGCUCAGCAAACUACAGUGAUAGCAACUUUCCACACGACGUUGAAAACAAUAAUGUGGCUACACAAUUUUUUUAACUUGUAAGAGCAUCAACUGGCUCUUUAAUAUGUGACUAAAUAAUAACUUAAACCAAUCCUAGUAGCAGCAUAUUAAGGUUUUCUAGUCCAUGCUAAUAUCACCAGCAAUGAUCUUUGGCUUUUUGUUUUAUUUGCUAGAUGUCCCCCCCUUGGAGUUUGAUCAGUUCCACACUGUUUGCUGGCCAGGUGUACUGUGUGUGGCCUUGGUUAAAUAGCAGACCAUCAGUUGGGAGUCAAAUUGGUUUAUUUUUUUUUUUUUUAAAGUACAAUCCCAUGCGUGACAGCCAACUUUUCAGUACAUUAUAUGUACGAGGGUAGCAGUGUGCAGGAUGAGUUUCGAUACAGCGUAUUUAUUGCUUGUCAUGUAAAUUAAAGACCUUGUAUUUAACACUUUUCAAUACUUUUAGAUAAAAUUGUUCUUUGCAAGAAUGAUUGGUGCUUAUUUUUUCAAAAAUUUGCUGUGAACAAUGUGAUGACAACAAGCAACAUUUAAUGAACUACAGCUAUCUUAAUUUGGGUCUUCAAGUUUUCUGUUGCACUUGUAAAAUGCUACAAGGAAUAUUAAAAAACUCUAUUCACUUUAACUUAUAAUAGUUUAUGAAAUAAAAACAUGAGUCACAGCUUUUGUUCUGUGGUAACCUAUAAAAA